AUGCCUCUAGCACUGGGAUGCAGUGCCUUAGACCGCUGCGCCACUCAGGAGCCCAGUAACAUGAUUCCCUAUGAAACACUGUCCGACAGAUGCACACUCUGGUAAUAGAUGGGGAGAAAGAUGUAAAAAUCAAACGGCCCUGAAGCACAAACGUCACCAGUGACUUGAUAAGCUGAUUUAGCUAACGUGACCUGCCUGCUCAUGGUGUUAUUUACUAGCUAUCUUCAUUGACAAGCAGAGAUGGACCUUAGCUCACUAGUGAUUUGGGGUAGUGAUAUACGGCUGGUAGCAGCUUGUGCUUUAUCUAGGAUCGUUUGACAGCUUGCUGAUGAAGAACUUGUAGACAUGUUCUCAGAAAUCAGUCCUGAGCCUGGAGUCCAAUCACAAUGCUCCCCUAGCCCUCCCCACAACCAGUGGUCUGGUCCAAAUCAGUCCUGAGCCUGGAGUCCAAUCACAAUGCUCCCCUAGCCCUCCCCACAACCAGUGGUCUGGUCCAAAUCAGUCCUGAGCCUGGAGUCCAAUCACAAUGCUCCCCUAGCCCUCCCCUAAACCAGUGGUCUGGUCCAAAUCAGUCCUGAGCGCAGCCAGCAGCAACGGACUGAUACUGUCUACUGAUUCUGGGGACUCCGGGGAGUCUGGCGUUGCUGCAACCCGACCAGCUGAAACAACCAAUCACAAUGCUCCCCUAGCCCUCCCCACAACCAGUGGUCUGGUCCAAAUCAGUCCUGAGCGCAGCCAGCAACAACGGACUGAUACUGUCUACUGAUUCUGGGGACUCCGGGGAGUCUGGCGUUGCUGCAACCCGACCAGCUGAAACAACCAAUCACAAUGCUCCCCUAGCCCUCCCCACAACCAGUGGUCUGGUCCAAAUCAGUCCUGAGCGCAGCCAGCAGCAACGGACUGAUACUGUCUACUGAUUCUGUGGACUCCUGGGAGUCUGGCGUUGCUGCAACCCGACCAGCUGAAACAACCAAUCACAAUGCUCCCCUAGCCCUCCCCACAACCAGUGGUCUGGUCCAAAUCAGUCCUGAGCCUGGAGUCCAAUCACAAUGCUCCCCUAGCCCUCCCCACAACCCGUGGUCUGGUCCAAAUCAGUCCUGAGCGCAGCCAGCAGCAACGGACUGAUACUGUCUACUGAUUCUGGGGACUCCGGGGAGUCUGGCGUUGCUGCAACCCGACCAGCUGAAACAACCAAUCACAAUGCUCCCCUAGCCCUCCCCACAACCAGUGGUCUGGUCCAAAUCAGUCCUGAGCGCAGCCAGCAGCAACGGACUGAUACUGUCUACUGAUUCUGGGGACUCCGUGGAGUCUGGCGUUGCUGCAACCCGACCAGCUGAAACAACCAAUCACAAUGCUCCCCUAGCCCUCCCCACAACCAGUGGUCUGGUCCAAAUCAGUCCUGAGCGCAGCCAGCAGCAACGGACUGAUACUGUCUACUGAUUCUGGGGACUCCUGGGAGUCUGGCGUUGCUGCAACCCGACCAGCUGAAACAACCAAUCACAAUGCUCCCCUAGCCCUCCCCACAACCAGUGGUCUGGUCCAAAUCAGUCCUGAGCCUGGAGUCCAAUCACAAUGCUCUCCUAGCCCUCCCCACAACCAGUGGUCUGGUCCAAAUCAGUCCUGAGCGCAGCCAGCAGCAACGGACUGAUACUGUCUACUGAUUCUUUCACAUGUUUUAACAAAUACUGCAUCAAACACCUUAGCUUGACGUACAAUUGCGCAAUUAAGACCCCCACUGGCAGAAACGUCAAAAUGAAUUACAGGUUAAGUUAUUUCUACCGUGACUCAAGAGGGACAAACAACAAUAACUGCCAGUGUACAAUAAAGCAAACAUAAAGCACCCCCGUGGAACCGCACCCCCGUGGAACCGCACCCCAAAACUCUAACCUUGUUUUUCUUCAGCCCCUCUGAGGUCCUGGGUCAAGUCAUGUUUAGAGGUCAUCAACUCUUCCUCCCGGAGUCCUGGGUCAGGGUCAAGUCAUGUUUAGAAGUCAUCAACUCUUCCUCCCGGAGUCCUGGGUCAGGGUCAGGUCAUGUUUAGAAGUCAUCAACUCUUCCUCCCAGAGUCCUGCGUCAGGGUUAGGUCAUGUUUAGAAGUCAUCAACUCUUCCUCCCGGAGUCCUGCGUCAGGGUUAGGUCAUGUUUAGAGGUCAUCAACUCUUCCUCCCGGAGUCCUGGGUCAGGGUCAAGUCAUGUUUAGAAGUCAUCAACUCUUCCUCCCGGAGUCCUGGGUCAGGGUCAAGUCAUGUUUAGAAGUCAUCAACUCUUCCUCCCGGAGUCCUGGGUCAGGGUCAGGUCAUGUUUAGAGGUCAUCAACUCUUCCUCCCGGAGUCCUGGGUCAGGGUCAGGUCAUGUUUAGAGGUCAUCAACUCUUCCUCCCGGGAGUCCAGGGUCAGGGUCAUGUUUAGAUGUCAUCAACUCUUCCUCCCGGAGUCCUGGGUCAAGUCAUGUUUAGAGGUCAUCAACUCUUCCUCCCGGAGUCCUGGGUCAGGGUCAUGUUUAGAGGUCAUCAACUCUUCCUCCCCGGAGUCCUGGGUCAGGGUUAGGUCAUGAACUCUAAACGCUUAUCUGUUCCAGGUGUUGCUGCUCCUCCCGGGCGUUCUGAGAGAGAAGGGGCUUCUGGGUCGUCUGGCGUUGCUGCAGCCCGACCAGCUGACUUCUCUGAUCUCUGACCUCUCUGGUCUUCUGGAGGAGCUGAACCCUCUCCACUCCGAUACACAGACUCGCAUCCAGCUCACUCUGGAUAGGCUGGCCCAGGCCCUGCAGGUCUCCAUGGCAGCAGGGGCGCUGCUCUGCUCUAGAGAGGACCUGAGAGCUCUCUGUUCCCGCCUCCCACACAACAAUUUGCUCCAGAUGGUGAUGUCUGGUCCAGUGCAGCAGAGUGGAUUCUACCCCCACAUCCACACCCCUCCCCUGGGCUACAGCCCCCGGCCCGGCCCCUUAGGACCUCACCCCUCCUCUCACUCUCCUCAUCCCUCCUUCCCUUCUCAACCUUUCCUUCCGAGCCUGGCCUUUCCUUUCCGCCCCAGCCACUAAAGAGAUGUGGACACAUGGAAGACAACGAUAUUGGUGUAUACUGAGUAUUUGGACUGUUUGUCAAAUCAAUCUGUUUUACUAUGUUUCAUUAAUAAAUUGACCACAGCCUGUAUGUCCUCCACCUAUCUGUUCAUUAAUAAAUUGACCACAGCCUGUAUGUCCUCCACCUAUCUGUUCAUUAAUAAAUUGACCACAGCCUGUAUCCCCUCCACCUAUCUGUUCAUUAAUACAUU